GUUCUCGGACGUGAGGUUGGAGGUGAAGAAAACCAAUUGCGCUCAACCACAGACAUAUCACAAUGGCUCCAUACACUCCAGGUGGUAGAGGAGGUCGAGGCGGAUCUAGAGGCGACAGAGGCGGUGGCCGAGGCGGCCGCGGUGGUCCCGCGGGUCGAGGUGGUCGAGGUGGUGGCCCACCACGCGGUGGACGAGGCGGCGCACGAGGAGCAAGAGGCGGAGGUCGCGGUGGUGCGCGGGGUGGUCGAGGCGGUCGCGCAGGUGCAAAGGGAGGCGCAAAAGUCAUAAUCGAGCCCUGGCAACGUCACAAGGGCAUUUUUGUUGCUCGUGGAAAAGAAGACAUGCUGGUAACACUCAACCUCACACCGGGCGAAUCAGUUUAUGGCGAGAAACGCAUUCAAGUUGCCAACAGUGCGCCUUCUGCAACAGGACCCAACGGCGAAGCAGCGCCAGCGACCACUACUGAAUACAGGGUAUGGAAUCCUUUCCGUUCGAAGUUGGCAGCGGGUAUUAUCGGCGGUCUGGAGAACAUUCAUAUGGGCCCUGGAAGCAAAGUUCUGUACCUGGGCGCCGCAAGCGGUACUUCGGUGUCGCACGUUGCAGACAUCGUAGGCAAAACAGGCACCGUAUAUGCAGUAGAAUUCUCGCAUCGAAGCGGUCGUGAUCUAGUCAACAUGGCAACGCACCGCACAAAUGUCAUCCCUAUUGUCGAGGAUGCUCGCCACCCUAAUCGUUAUCGCAUCCUGGUGCCCAUGGUGGAUUGCAUCUUCGCCGACGUUGCUCAGCCAGAUCAAGCACGUAUCGUUGCUCUGAAUGCGCACAUGUUCCUCAAAGUUGGUGGUGGCGUUGUCGUGUCUAUCAAAGCUAACUGUAUUGAUUCAACGGCUGCGCCCGAAGCCGUUUUUGCUCGCGAAGUCGAGAAGCUGAGGGCGGAACGCAUCAAACCCAAGGAACAGUUGACGCUGGAACCGUACGAGAGAGAUCACGCAAUGGUUGUUGGUGUUUACGAGAGAAGCGCAUAGAGGAAGAUCUGCGGUCAUCCCGUCGUCUGUGUAUUCCCAUUGUGGCGUUAUGAGGGGCUCUUUACGUUCUAGAAAAGCACAGUGGUUUGACUCUUCUAGGGCAGGGGUUCGGCGUUAGUCCAGGCCAGGUUCGAUGAAUUGCACGUUAUGUCUUGAUCACGCAGUCUUCAUGGCAGGUGUCCCGUACUGUCUAUGUUGUUAUAAGAUUCAGCCUACCAAGUCUGCUGGGCGAAUCUUCCGUGUUCACUUCAGCAGAAUGAUGUGAUCGACCAAAUCAUCGGACAAUUACAAGCAUCUGAUAAAUGCACUAGGCCGGGUAGCAGCGUUAUUAACGCGUGUCAUACUCAUCAAUCACGGACUAAAUAGCCUCUCCUUCAUCUAUGGUAAAUGCCUGCUAUCCUAGUCUUCCCCUCGCUUAGAAUAUCGUGUGCGGUGUCCCUGCUCUCUUCUCAUGAUUCGGCCUUUUCUCACUGCCGUGAACUACUGCUUGGUAGCUCCGACCUAGAGGAGAUUGAACCCACUCGUAACUACAGCACAAUAUUACGUUCUACUUGAUCAUGUUCUGCAAACAUUGGCCCAGAGCAAAUCAUCGCUAGCUCAGUUAGAAACGCCGUCCAACUCUAAGAAUGC